AAAAAAUGUUUCUGAACAAAGAAAGAUAUUUUCUUUAACAUUGAGAUUACGUAUAUAUACGGUCAAAUUUUAUCGACUCAAAGCUCUUAUGAAAUAGUUUUCGGUUAAUGUCCAAAUCCAUUAUGCUAAUCGUUUAUAUAACUAGACUGAUACUGAUAUCCAUUAUUCUUUCGAAGUUUUACUCGAAUCUAUGCAACGUCUUCGGUUGGCUUUGUUUGAAAGAGAAUCAAUUUACUAGAAAAGAAAGGAGAAAGAAAGAGAAGAACGUGACAAGAUGAAUCGUGUAAAGAAAUUGCUAUCGAGUAAAGAAACUCGAGAUUAUUUAAUGAGUACACAUUUUUGGGGACCUAUAGCUAAUUGGGGUAUUCCUAUCGCAGCGAUCGCUGAUAUACAAAGGGAUCCGAAGUUUAUCAGUGGAAAGAUGACACUUGCCUUAUGUUUGUAUUCAGCAAUGUUUAUGCGCUUUGCAUUGAAGGUUGAACCACGCAACUUACUUCUUUUUGCCUGUCAUUUUGUGAACGAAGGUGCACAAAUUACUCAAAGCGUUAGAUUUAUUAAAUAUCAUUAUGUAAAUAAAGAUGAAUAACAAGCGAUAAGACUAAUGUUUGCAAUUGUUUAAUUUAUUUUUUUCAAUCAAUAUCAUUAGCAUUUGUUCUAAAUUAACAUUGUUGGUAACUAUUUCCACUAAAAUUCUAAGUACAUGUAAAUAUAAUAAUAUAUAAUCUUCAAAUAUAAAUGAAAUAUCAAACAGAACAGUUUUUAUAAUAAAAUAGACAGUUGCAAAUGUAAAUUAAAUAUUAAUAGAUACAUGUAAAUAAAAUAUUAAAUAGUGUUACAAUAUUAAUUACAUUAUUAAUUUGUUAUUUUAAUAUUAUUUAUUUCCUUAACAUCUCAAUUUUAUUUUGACAUUUUUUUACUAUUUUAAAUGUAACUGUCAGUCAGAUUAGCAUCAAGAGAAGUAAUUUGAUUAACUUUGUUAUAUUAAAGCUUAAUGAUAACAUUAAAAUUCACAAAAUUAAAUUUAGCUUAUUACUUUGCUGAAGUAGUAAAAAUGUUAAAAUAAAAUUAAGAGUUGAAAUACUUAUAAGAAGUAAGGUAAAGUAAUUGGGUAUAAAAUAUGUAAAAUAAGCUGAUUUAAUUAUAUUUACAAUACAUUGUUAUAGUAUAAAAAAUACAAAAUGAUUAAAAAUGACAUUAUAUUAUAACAAUAAUAUAUGUAUAUCAUAAGUUAUGUUUUGCCAAAGUACUAACAUGUACAUACAAUAAAAUAUAGUUUAGAUGAUUAAUUUCAAUAUAGCAUAAACUGUAGUAUACAGUAAUACCAAGAGUAUAAUUUGAAAAUGAACAAUUUACAAAAAUAACAAUUUCCAAACGUAUUUUUGUUAACUUUUUUUUUAAUAGAACCAUUUGUUGAAGACUUCACAGAGUUUCAUUUCAUUACGAAUAUUCUGCGAAUUAAUUAUAAUAACUAUAACAAUAAAACAAGCAAAAGUGCUCUCAAAAAGGUAGUACAACAGUACAAUAAUUGAUAUUAUACAGAGUGUUUUAAGUCGGGUAAUAUAAACAGGCAGGAGGUAUAUAGAUUGUAUAAGGAAAAAUAUGUUGAAAAAGAAAAUCUUUUCCGUUUGAAAUUUCGUUUUCAAGAAAAUUGAA